AUGCCAGGUAUCUCACCAGACGAUGCCAUAUGGAAGAAACGCAAGAGGGAAGAUGAUCUCUCCCUCACUCGUCCAACAUAUAUGCCCUCCUUUCGAGUAGAGGAAUACGACUGCCCACAUCCGCUGCAGGACUCGAAUCUUCGACCACGCUGUCUGCCUCGAAAACGGAGACACAUCGGGUCCUACCUCCUCCCUCAGCAAAUGCAGUCCCAGCAACCAUCCCACCUCUCGCCCAAUCUCUACACAACAGACCCAUACUCGCCUCCAAUCUCUCCCAAAACCCUCGUUCCACUCCACUAUCCGCAGUCUGCAUCUGCCUCGGCGCUGCGCCCCUGUCACAUCUGUCAUCGACGACCAACUACCCGACAGGUGCUGGAUGCUUACGCAGAUUGUGACCUGUGUCACGAACGAGCAUGCUUCAUCUGUCUCAGACAAUGUGACAGUCCAAGCUGCCAGAUUCAGACGGGUCCAACCACUCACGUCGAUGCAGACGUGGAUACGAACACCGACAACACAAAGCGGAAAAUCUGCUCUUCAUGUGCUGUCGAGGACAUAACCCAGAAUGGAGCGGAAAUUGUCCGCUGUCUGGAUUGUGUACGUGGAUGGCAUUCACAAUGGGCUCUUGAUGACAUGCAUCAAGAUUGA